AUGCUGCCCAGAACUAGAGCGAUCUUUUCAACCUUGCUAGUGCUGCAGUUUGCAGCAGUAGCGUUUUUCAUUAUUUGCAGUGUUACAGCACCAGUUUUCCGACAGAUAGGUUUAUCGAAACACAAUGAUGUAACUUACGGUGUGUUUGGCUACUGCAGAAAUGAGCGCUGCACAACGCCUAGUGCAACGUACUCUCCUGUCGGUGCUGACACGGGCGACAGAGACGGCGGGUGGAGGAUGUCUAGUAGAGCCAGAACAAGCUUGGGAAGGAUUCUGAUUAUCACGCCUGUUGCUGCUGGGUUGAAUUUUCUUUCUAUGGUGUCGGUUUUGAUCGCAUUUUUGACGUGCCUGAUAAGCGGUUCGAGCUCUGCUGUGCUGUUUACUAUCAAUAUUGUCAUGGCUACGAUAUCGUUUUUAGCAUCUGCGCUGGUUUGUGUGAUAGUCUUUUUACUAUUCUAUCCACAUAUUACGUGGUGCACCUGGCUGUUGAUUCCUGGAGCAGUUUUGCCAUUGGUUGUGAUACCUUUAAUAUUUGUUGCUCACUCUGACGCAAAGGAUGACUCCAUUGAUUCUGAUGACGAAGAGCUACGUGGCAUCGUUGAACAAGAUGCCGUCGAUGAAAGUCAGUUUGAUUCUCCAAAUAAAAAUGUCAAUUUCUACCAAGAAAUGACGGGUGAGAAUACACUAAAUUCUCUUUCUGAGAAACCUUUAGUUUUACCAAGCUACGGUUACGACAACUUGCACAAACAAGAUGCUGUAUUCAAAGUAAAUACUGGAACUACAGAUCAAUCUACUAUGAGCAAGGAGAAAAUGGAUAGUUCUGCUUACGAAAUGGAUGAUGCAAAUUCUCAUACUGCUUACUCUGCCAUAAAUGGUAGUCAACAGCAACAGAACAAGCCUUACUCAACUUCACUUUCUCUGGCAUCGUCCGAAUACUCUGACAAAAAUCAUCAAACUGUAUCUCAGCAAAGAUUACAGCAGAAGGACCCUCAUGGCGUCUUGAAAGAUAUAAUACACGAUUCAUUCUCUAAUACUGAUUUGACUAAUGGGCGUGCCCGUUCUGGAAGCGAUAAUGAAUCUGAUUUUACUUCUAUUUCACAAAGGGCUCCACAGCAAGAGUAUUUUGCACAUGCACAUGUACCAUCAACAAUGGCUCAACCCUCUGCAAAUCAACAACAACGUCUAACACAACUUAAUAGAUCUGCUGGCCCGGAUUCAUCUGAUCUUCAACAAAACAAUUCCAAUUUCAUUCAGCAACCAAACUUUGUUCAACAUCCUCAAAGGAGAAUGUACCCUCAAGCAAAUAAGUUUGCCCAUCAAAACUAUCCUCCCGUACAACAGUUCAAUUCUCCAAGACAGUACAAUAAUUAUGCUAACACUCCUCAAAACAAUUUCCAUAAUGCACAACCUGUUGGUUUUGGGCCAACACCAGCUUCUGGUGCCCAUUAUAAGCCAGCUUAUAAAAAAAGAAUGAAUGCUAAGAAUAUGCCGCCAGCAUCUUCUUUUACAGGCCCAAAUCCAUAUGGUUUCAGGUAA